AUGCCCGCGCACCACGGACUGGAGGUGAGGCAACUGCUGUGGCACGCGGCGCGCGCCGCGCCGCAGCGCGUCGCACUGCUGUGGAGCGGCGCGCCCGUCGCUUGCGAGCCGCUGCUCGUGGACGUCAUGCCCGCGCACCACGGACAGAAGGUGAGGCAACUGCUGUGGCACGCGGCGCCGCCGCGCCGCACCGCGUCGCGCUGCUGUGGAGCGGCGCGCUGCUGGAGCGGCGCGCCCGUCGCGCGCGAGCCGCUGCUCGUCGACGUCAUGCCCGCCCACCACGGACAGGAGGUGGAGUCAACUGCUGUGCCACCCGGCCCGCACCGCGUCGCGCUGCUGUGA